AACUACAAAAUUAUUAGAAAUGAUAACAAGGAGUCGAACUAAAGCGGUAACAUCAAGCGCACGACCACCACCCCCGCCCGCCUCGUCCAGUUCCUCGUCCACAUCGUCGUCAGGCGACGAGUUUGCAACGGCGCCUGACACAGACGCGUCCAGUGACGAGAGCGGGCCGCCGCCGCCGCCGCCGCCACGACCACCUGCGCGACGAGGGCGGCCACCGCUGCCGGCACGCUUGGGGCCUGCGGGACAUCCUGCCCCGCCCACGGCUCCCGCUGCCGGUGGUAUAGUGCGUCGCAUGAGAUGGUCUCAAUCCAUUAAUGAGAAUGUCAUGCGCGCCUAUUAUGGGGCUACAGAGGGGGGAACACAGCUAUCCGCGUAUCGUUCAAGAAUACUGCCACUGUUUCAGGUUCUUGAACCCACCAUCACCGUCGAAGAGUCUCGACCAACACCUUGAGAGACUCUCGCUAGGUGGUUGGAUCAAGGGUCAGAUGCAGAAGGCGGUGAUCUUGGACACGGCGCGGAUAGUCCGCCGGUUCCUCUCUCUGCGGCCCUGACCACCGGCAGCUUGGGCCCUGCCCCGCUGCUGGCGGCACCCUAGGUUAGGUUUUUUAUAAUUUGUUUAUAUGUAUUUUGUAUUGUUUUGUAAGUGUUUUUAUAUUUUACUUUUAUAUGCAUAUUAU